UACGUUAACGUUGAGGCUAACACCACCGCUGCUAGCCUAUUAGCUAGCACGUAGCACUUUCGUUGAGGCCUGCGUUGCUAGCAUCAGUGUUUGGAUAUCCAUUAUCGGACAUCUGCCAUCCGCCCCUUUCCCGCGGAAUCGCACCGUACCCCACACCACAGUAUUUCAAUAAAAUCCCACUCCGUUCACUGAAUUUUUAUCGGUCGCAAUUUUAGUUUCAUUACCGAGAUCAGACUAGCACAUCCGGUGAAAUAAAUGCGUUUACGGCGGGCAGGUUAGUGUUUCCCGGCUUAAAUUUACGUGAUCACCGCUCGGUACAUACACCGUUAAUAUCCUUAUUUGAACAGACAGCGAAUCCACAAAUGCCAUCAUGUCAGCAAACAGGCUCUCGAAAAAAGACAAACGUCUCCAGUACACAGCUAUGGCGAAACCCAACAAUAACAACAACAAAAACUUGCUUCUUCCAGGCGCAAGAUACCUGCCCGAUAAUGGAAUUAUAGAUCAAGCGGUAUACGCAUUGCAUCGGCAUCCGCCUGUUUUAGGGAUGUACAUUACUGUGUAUCUAGCUUCACGAAUGUCACACACAAUGUAUGGUGUAAUGUAUUAAUGUGUGGGAUAUACAUGAACUCAGUAAAAGUCGACCAACAACUCCCUGAAAUCUUAAUAAUGCUAGCCGGACAGUAGGUAUGGACCACAGCGUUGGCUGCUAGCUCUCCCUGUGCUCUUCUAACGUGAAGUUAGCAACUUAGCUAGUGGGCCAGCUCAGUGAAUAUAUGGACCAAUGCAGUGGCUUUGAAUUUAACAUGGAUGACUGUGAGAAGUUUGAAAUUUCAGAGAACAGCGUGAACAAGGGAACAGAGCAGAUCAGGCCUGAAUGCUUUGAGCUGCUGAAAGUUUUGGGAAAAGGUGGCUAUGGAAAGGUGUUUCAAGUUCGGAAGGUAUCAGGUGCCACCUCUGGGAAGAUAUUUGCUAUGAAAGUUUUGAAGAAGGCCAUGAUUGUGCGUAAUGCGAAGGACACGGCGCACACCAAAGCUGAGAGGAACAUCCUGGAGGAGGUGAAACACCCUUUCAUUGUGGACCUCAUCUAUGCCUUCCAAACAGGUGGAAAGUUGUACCUUAUCCUGGAGUAUCUGAGCGGUGGGGAGCUGUUUAUGCAAUUGGAGAGAGAGGGCAUCUUCAUGGAGGACACAGCAUGUUUCUACCUGGCUGAGAUCUCAAUGGCACUGGGUCACCUGCACCAGAAAGGCAUCAUCUAUAGAGACCUGAAGCCUGAGAACAUCAUGCUCAACAACAACGGACACGUGAAGUUGACAGACUUUGGUCUAUGCAAAGAGUCCAUCCAUGACGGAACAGUCACCCACACCUUCUGUGGCACUAUUGACUACAUGGCUCCAGAGAUCUUAAUGAGGAGUGGACACAACCGAGCAGUGGACUGGUGGAGUCUGGGAGCCCUCAUGUAUGACAUGCUAACAGGAGCACCUCCAUUCACUGGUGAAAACCGAAAGAAGACAAUUGACAAAAUCCUGAAAUGCAAGCUCAGUCUUCCACCUUACCUCACACAAGAAGCCAGGGACCUCCUGAAAAAGCUGCUGAAACGAAAUGCCUCAUUGCGUCUCGGUGCUGGACCAGGAGAUGCCGCUGAGGUCCAGGCCCAUCCAUUCUUCCGGCAUAUAAAUUGGGAUGACCUUCUUGCUCACAAAGUAGAGCCUCCAUUUAAACCUUUCCUGCAAUCGGCUGAUGAUGCCAGCCAGUUCGACUCCAAGUUCACCAGCCAGACUCCAGUGGACAGCCCCGACGACUCCACGCUCAGCGAAAGUGCCAAUCAAGUCUUCCUGGGUUUCACAUACGUAGCCCCGUCUGUGCUUGAGAACAUUAAAGAGAAGUUCUCUUUCGAGCCAAAGGUGCGUUCACCGCGGAAGUUCCCCGGAAGCCCAAGAACACCUGUGAGUCCAGUGAAGUUUGUAGGAGGGGACUUCUGGCCCCGGGGACCCACGCUGACGGGCUGCCCAUCCCCGCUGGCCCCUGGCAGCUCUGUGGAGCAACCCAUGGAGGUGUUGACAGCGGAGCAAAUGGACACGAGCAGCAGUGGCACCUCUGAGGCCUCUGCACCACUUCCCAUCAGGCACCCUUCAGGCAUCAAUGCAGGGUCCUACAAAAAGCAAGUCUACCCCAUGAACUCCAAGCGGCCCGAACAUCUACGAAUGAACUUAUGACACUCAGCUCGCCUAUGAAUAUUAGGACUCUUCUAAUUCCUCUUCCCCUUUCCUUUUAUUGUUUUCUUUUAAAAGAGACUUGUAGUUUUUUUGGGUUUUUUUUAAUACUGACUGACACUCAGUGCUGAUCACCAGCUUUUCCAGCAGCGCCUUCCCUCCUCCUGGCCUCCUAAAUCCUCCUGACUCAGCCUGGCCUCCUCAGCCUGAUGCAGAUAAUCAGCAGUUUAAGUCCAGCAGGUAUGUGGUCAGUGGUGGUGUGAGAGAGGUGCUCUUCAGUGAAGCGUUGACGUAAUGCCAGCCGAUGACUGGGCUGAGGUGGUUUCGGUGUACUCAACUGGCAUUAUCGUACGACUUAUUGGUGCUUUUUUUUAUGGAGAAUGUUACUUUUAGUGUUUACGACAAGUUGCCUCCAUCACAGUGAGAGAAUCUGGUUAUAAGAAGCAGUUAAUCCUCCCUAAACAUACCAGGCCUUUUGUUGUUUGUUUUAUGAUCAUCUUGUGAUGUGUCACAAUCAGUGUGAUUGCCUUUGUCACUGGAACGUGCGGUCUGGGGUGGGUGAAGCACGACUUGUGGGAAAAAGCAGCUAUUAAAAGAUAGAAGUGAAAUUUUAGCUGAAAGCAUCGUUUCCACCACAAUCAAUACCAAAUGCUGGCACGGCUUUAUUUGUCCUGGAAUGCUUUCUGUAGGAGCUCAGUCCAGAAGCACCGUUCAGUUUCUUUGUGUUGAAUGUAAACAGACUCUAGAUGCCUUUUUUGUGUGUCAUUUCGGACUCCUGCCCUUAUCUCCCAUGACCCCAUGCAGCAUUACUUUGAACUCAUCAAUUCAUGCAGCCCCAUUUGUGGUUGGAGACCGACAAACAUGUCGAUCCAAAAUAUACUCAGCCCAAAUGAUUCCAUAUCUCGUGCGUAUGCCGUUUGUGUAUUUACAAAAACAGGGCUAUCGGUGGUAUGGGCAUAAAUCCAGACUUGUGAGAGUGGACCAUCAAAUAACUCCUGUUUUAGCUGACAUGUAUGAUGUGUUUGUGUGAUGUGAAGCUGCUAUAUGAGCCUCUGGAGUCAAGCCAUUCGAAACUUCUCGGUAUAAAACAGACCACACCAAUAGAUGCAGAUUCACCUGACGCUAACUGAACGUUAAAUGAAUGAAAAUUUGUUUGAGUUUGAAUGGCUCCCUGAUGUUUCUUGUGAUCCAAAUUAGUGUUUAAUGAAUCGACCAAAAUCACUGUUUCAAUGAACCAAAUGAUUUUUGCUGGUCAAGAAAAAAACCCUGGGCAAUGACCAUAGAAGUGUAUUGCUGGUGUUUGCACAGGGUUCGAAGGACAAACAAAUUUUCUCAUGUCAUACCUGAUCAUACUGACUUUAUUUAUCACACUGACACUUGCAGAGUCACUUUGAAGUGUUUAAAUGUGCGCCUGUAAGUUGCUGUGUGAAUGUUAACCAAGAUGAAGCUUAGAUUGCGUUUCUGAUGUGUCGGGCUGAGCUGAUUCGUUUUUAUUCUUCUAUCAUUCCCGCAUAACAAUUAUGUUCAAGAUGAAUCACUCAACUUUUUACUCCUCGUACUGUCUCUGUUAACGUGUUACAAUAUUUAUUUUAAGUGCCAUUGUGUUUUCACUGCAUUGUUCACACUAUGCAAACUAUGUAUUUAUUACUUAGUAUUAUGUAGAUGAGGCAGCAGAAUGUGUGAUAAUUUGAUUUGGAGUUCUUAUUUUGUCAUAAUAGUGAGCAUGUACAGUAUGAUUUUAUUACAAGAGGACAUGUCUUAUGGCAAGCUCGGAUGCAGCUUUGUUUUCGAUUCCAAAAUUGAGGACGGUGACCUAACAUUACAGUAUUUAUUGUGUGGCGUACAAACAUGAUCAUGGGAGAUUUUGAGAAAACAUUUUCAUAUCUCAUAGCCUUUCUUUGCUGAAAACUUGAACUUCAGUUCGUCUUUCUGCUGUGCUUAAAGCAAGGGCAGUUAUUGUGAACAAACUGAUGCAAAAACCAAGGGGAAUGGCAUUGUGCCUUUGAUGAUGGACUACAUUGCGUGCGUGCAGUGUGCUGUACGUUGUAAAUGUAUGUGGAAAAGGCUGGGGUUGAUCCACGACGUUCACUUCCUGUUACAUCUCUCAAGGAUGUUGAGUUCGUUGCUUCAGCAAUUCAUUGUGAUAUGAUCCGAGCGGGAUCCUUUCUGUGACUGUUGAUUCUGAGAGAGAUUGGGAAACUAAACGUGACGCAUUUAGCUUCUCUUCAGGUAUACUUUAAGACGUAUCCUCUCGGGAUGCACAAUAUUAUCAGCACGUCAUCGAUAUCAGCAGAUAAAUGAUUUGAAAUGAAACACUGGCCUGAAAUUAACCUUUCUGCCAAUGAGGCAUUUUCAUUAUGCACAACCAUUGACCAAGUAGUUUUUUAAAGAACUGUAUACCUGCCAGUGGGCCAUCACAAUAAGCAUAGGCAUAAUAACAUGUUCCACCACAGGAGAGACCUGUUUUCUGCAAUUAGAUGGAAAAUAAAAAUACUACCAUAUAUCAGUAUUGGCAGCCAAAAUAAGUUGGAAAAUACUGGCAUAUCAGCAAAAAUCCAAUAUUGUGCAUCUCUGAGAUGUUUGACUGGGAAACACUAUCUUUAGGUAGAAUAGAAGUUUAAUUAACUGGUGGGCAUUGAAUAUCAAUAUUUCUGUUGCUUUGUCCCUUGGAUCUGCCCCUUCAGAUGGGGACUGUUAAUAUGUAUCAUGUACAUAAUGUCAGAAUAAAAAAAAAAAGAAAUGGA